AUGCCGCCCAAGCAAUCCAAAACCGACUCGCGCGCUGUGACAAUCCUCUUCAAAAAGCAUAAAACCACUGUCCUUCUAAUGCUCCAACCACACGAAUCACUCGACUCCACCAAAGAAAGGCUUCUGGAUGCUUUGAAAUCGCGAGAUAUUAAGGACAUAAAUGGCGACCUUCUUCCUGACGACUCGUGCAACAUUGAGUUCGGUGAACCUGUCGACCGAGUGGACCUCGAGAAAGGCUGGAAGCGCCUCCAGGCAGAUGUAAAGUUACAGAAUGAGUCAGUAACUAUAAUGGAGGCGGGUCUUCAAAAUGGACAUUCAAUCGCCUUCCGAUUCCACAAAUCCAGUGAAGGUCAGAAUGGCGGUCUUGAUAUGGACCUUGAUGGUGAGGAUCCAGGCUGGGAUGUCGUCAUGCCGACCUAUGAAGACGACCAAGCAUGA